GGAGGAUGGUAAAAAGAAAGGAGAUUUUGGUCGAUUGGCUCUGGAGACGUGGCGGAGAAAUUAUAUUUAUGUCUCUGUAAUCUUUGAUAUUUCAAGCCGUGCAUUGCCUUUAAUAAUAACUAAACCAGAGCAAAGAAGAGGAGGAAGAAGAACUAGAAGAAGAAGAAGAAUAAUAAGAUCGUAAUAAUCUUUGUUGAAGAUCUGGAGAAGCAGAGAGAAGCUAGUUGGAUUUGAUUUAGAAUCAUAGAAUGAAGGAGAACAAGCCAGUUAUUGGUCUUUCAUGGCAGCCAAAGGUGCCAAUUCUGUCAUCCACUGCAAAAGCUGUUUCAAAUGUUGGUGACAAAGGUGUACAUAGAUCACAAAGUCAACCUGAGGUUAGCACGCUUUGGAGACCCAAUACAGAGCUUGUUGAUGGGCUUUUUUUGCCACCAAAUAAUCCAAAAAAGCUAAACAAGUUACUCAAAAAACAAGUGAAAGAUACAGCUGGGACUAGCUGGUUUGACAUGCCUGUUGCAACUAUAACUCCUGAGUUGAAGAAAGAUCUUCAGUUACUGAAGCUGAGGAAUGCCUUUGAUCCAAAGAGACAUUACAAGAAGGGUGAUUCAGAAUCGAAAACAUUACCCAAGUAUUUCCAGGUGGGCACAGUUAUAGAGCCCGCAGUGGAGUUCUUCUCAAGUAGACUGAAUAAGAAGGAGAGGAAGGCAUCCCUUGCAGAUGAGCUGCUUUCUGAUCCUAACCUGGGCCAGUACAGGAAGCGUAAGGUUCGAGAGAUUGAAGAACAAAAUCGACCAGCAGGGAAUGAGAAAUGGAAGAUAAAGGGUCGUCAGUCACAAAAACGUGCAAAGCAAAGAAGGCAUUGAAUCUCUUUUAUUUUUUUGAACCGGAAAAUUUUGACAUUCAUAGAGGAAUUGAAUUAUAGAGGUGAGAGAUACACUCGGUAGUCGAAUGAGUUAAUAAUUUGUACGAUCAUUUCCUAGUUUAAACUAUCUUUAGGAGAGAAUUUAAUGUAAUGUUUGUUUAAUUCUUACAGAUUGUAAUGGGGAUUGUAAUGGUCUGUUUAGGAAGCCAUUGUAAGUCCUUUUGUCUUAGAUGAAUAUUUCUUCCCUUUGCUAGAAUACUGAAAUAUGGAUCUCAUUCUGAAUAUAUAAUACUGUUCAAGAAAA